AUGUUGGGGAACACCGUCAAGAAUGCUGCUAGGAGAGCUGUCACAGAGCUCUCGCAGCUUCCAAAGCCGGGUGAGAAGCUCCAUGGCUUUACGUUACUGCGGACGAAGCACGUUCCGGAGCUCGAGUUGACGGCCCUGCACCUACGACACGACAAGACCGGGGCCGAACAUCUUCACAUCUCCCGAGACGACAGCAACAAUGUCUUCUCUAUUGGUUUCAAGACCAACCCCCCGGACGACACGGGCGUACCCCAUAUUCUGGAGCACACCACCCUCUGCGGGAGUGAAAAAUAUCCGAUUCGGGAUCCCUUCUUUAAGAUGCUCCCCCGAACGCUUUCGAACUUCAUGAACGCCUUCACUGCGUCAGACCACACAUUCUACCCCUUUGCCACCACAAACGCCCAAGAUUUCAAGAAUCUGCUGUCUGUAUAUCUCGAUGCGACCCUCCGACCGCUUCUGAAAGAGUCGGAUUUCACUCAGGAAGGCUGGAGGAUAGGGCCCGAAAACCCACAGGCUCUCAUCGGCAACGAGGGCAAAGCAAAGCCCGAGGAUGAAAAACUCGUGUUCAAGGGGGUUGUUUACAACGAGAUGAAGGGGCAAAUGUCGGACGCAGGCUACCUCUUCUAUAUCAGGUUCCAGGACCACAUCUUCCCGGAUAUCAACAACUCCGGCGGAGACCCGCAGAAAAUCACCGACUUGACUUACGAACAGCUGAGAAAUUUCCAUGCUGAACAUUACCAUCCGAGUAAUGCCAAGGUCUUCACCUACGGCGACAUGCCGCUGGCUGACCAUUUGGUGGAGAUUGACGCGCAGCUCGGCGCGUUUGGCAAGAUCAAGGGCGACCUGGAAAUCCGGCGGCCAGUGGAUCUGAGUGAUGGCCCGCGAGAAGUCACUUUGUUCGGUCCCGUUGACCCGUUGGUCGACCCGGCCAAACAGUUCAAGACGUCGCUGUCUUGGGUUCUGGGAGACACGACUGAUGUUGUUGAGUCAUUCUCCCUCGCAUUGAUAUCCGCUCUGUUGAUGGACGGCUAUGGGUCGCCACUUUAUAAGGGUCUGAUCGAUACCGGCCUCGGCACUGACUGGAGCCCCAACACUGGAUAUGAUAGUUCGGCGAGAAUCGGGAUAUUCUCUGUUGGUCUGACAGGAGUCCAGGAAGCAGACGUGCCCAAGCUGAAGGCCGAGGUCCAAAACAUCCUUCGCAACGUCCGGGCCAAGGGCUUUGAAAGGUCAAAGAUCGACGGCUAUCUGCACCAAUUAGAACUUGGCCUCAAGCACAAGACUGCCAAUUUCGGUACGUCCCUUCUUCAGAGGCUGAAGCCGAAAUGGUUUACUGGUGUCGACCCCUUCGACUCGUUGGCGUGGAAUGAUACCAUAGCCGCCUUCGAGGCCGAGCUUGCAAAGGGCGAUUACCUGGAAGGGUUGCUGGAGAAAUAUCUACUGAACGACAACACCCUUACUUUCACCAUGGCUCCUUCGGAAACUUACAGCCAGGAGUUGGCUAAAGAGGAGGAGACUCGCUUAUCAUCCAAAUUAUCCGAAGCAACAGCGAAGGCUGGCGGCGAAGCUGAAGCCAAAAAGAACUUUGAGGAGCGGGAGCUGCUGUUGCUGGCAGAGCAGGCAAAGUCUAAUACUGAAGACCUUGGCUGCUUGCCCAGUGUUCACGUACAGGAUAUUCCACGACAGAAGGAGCCCGUUGUUGUUCGGGACGAGCUCUCUGGAACCGUCAAUACUCAAUGGCGGGAGGCGCCGACAAACGGACUCACCUAUUUCCGCGCCAUAAACACCCUUGACAACCUGCCAGACGAACUCCGAGUCCUCAUUCCCCUCUUCACAGACGCGGUCAUGCGCUUGGGAACAAAGGAUAUGACCAUGGAGCAGCUCGAAGACCUCAUCAAGCUCAAGACGGGAGGGGUGUCUGUUGGCUACCACUCUGCCUCUCUCCCGACCGACUUUACGAGAGCAACCGAGGGCCUCAUAUUCACGGGUAUGGCUUUGGAUCGCAACGUACCAGUUAUGUUUGACCUCCUGCGCAAGUUGAUCGUCGAGACCAAUUUUGAGAGCCCCGAGGCGGUGCAGCAAAUACGGCAGCUUUUGCAAGCAUCGGCCGACGGUGUUGUGAACGACAUUGCGUCUUCAGGACAUGCCUUCGCAAGGCGGUCUGCUGAGGCUGGCUUGACCUGGGACGCUUGGCUCAAGGAACAAGUCAGUGGCUUGACCCAGGUGAAGCUGGUGACUUCCCUAGCAAGUCGUCCAGAGUCGGAUCAACUUGACGAUGUCAUCUCGAAGCUUAAGCUGAUCCAGCAGCUUGCCUUGGCUGGCAACGUCCGGACAGCUAUAACUUGCGACAGCGGGAGCGUCCAGGAUAAUUCCUCGUCUCUGUCCAAGUUCUUGGGAUCAGUCCCCACGACCCCUGUCAGCUUCCCGAAGCGGCAAGCUCCCGAGUUCGCGAGGAACGUCAAGUCCUUUUACCCUUUGCCAUACCAGGUGUAUUAUGGCGCUCUUGCAGUGCCUACGGCACCGUAUACCUCGGCCGAUGGCGCGCCGCUGCAGAUCCUCUCUCAGCUCCUGACUCACAAGCACCUUCAUCACGAGAUCAGAGAGAAGGGCGGCGCCUACGGCGGAGGGGCGUAUUCUCGUCCCCUCGACGGCAUUUUCGGGUUUUACUCGUACCGCGACCCGAAUCCUCUAAACACGAUGAACAUCAUGCGGAACGCCGGUCGCUGGGCAGUUGAUAAGAAAUGGACAGAUCGGGACCUCGAGGAGGCAAAGAUCUCGGUCUUCCAAGGUGUCGACGCUCCCAGAUCUGUCAACGAGGAGGGUAUGGGCCGAUUCCUGUACGGCGUGACCGAGGAGAUGAAGCAGAAGCGGAGAGAACAGCUUCUCGACGUUACUAAAGACCAGGUCCGGGAGGUUGCGCAGAAGUACGUCGUCGACGCCCUUGCCAAGGAAUCCGAACGACUGGUCUUCCUCGGGGAGAAACGAGCCUGGGUAAAUGAUGACUGGAAAGUCAACGAGAUGGACAUCAAUGGCGUGGAGUAA